AUGGGGAGCUGCCAGGAGCCCCGGGCAGUGCAAUGGACUCAGCCAAUGCAGGCAGCGAAGCGAGAGACUCUCCAGUACUGUGAAUACCUGCACAACGGGAGCCACAUCUGGGCUGUGACCCUGACAUGUGAGAAGUGCUACGGCUCAGCGGACACGUGCCAACCUGCUAAAGAUACCUGCACAGUAACGAAGGGUACAGGCGGGUGCAUCUCAGGGGUUAGAGAAUCUACACUGGGUGAGACACCGAGCACUGUCUUCUACAAAGAAUGUAUAGAUGUUUAUAAUAGUGGCAUAAAAUCUCCCCUCACUUUUACUGGCGGGGCCGGCAAGUAUGUGAGGAUCAACACCACACGAUGCAACGACACGGAUAACUGUAACUCGGCUGUACUGGCAGUGCCCACGGAGAACGCCACCAAGAACGGGCUGCAGUGCCCAACCUGUUUUGAUCUGAAGUCCAAUAUCUGCAACGGCCCAAUCGCCCUUUGCACAGGGGACGAGACCUAUUGCAUCGAUUUCACGGGAACGAUACUGAACGGUUCAUCUCCUUCACCAUUUGCUGCAAAAGGCUGCGCUACUGCGUCUGCUCAGGACAUUAAACCUGGAACCUUCCUGGCUUCAGGACCCUUCAUAUACCUCUUUUCACGGGCAACCUACGUUCCGGCGGAGAAAACACCCACCACCCCCUCCUCCCCUACAAAUGCCACCCUCCUCAAAACAACCCGCAGUGGGGCCAGCCCGGCUCUGGGGAAAUUCUCCUUUGCCCUCUACCUGCCUGGCCUGACUGGGCUGCUGCUGGUGAAGCUGCUCUCCUGACCCCGCCCGGCACGGCCCACGCAGCACCUGGUGCCUGUGAAUAAAGGCCUGAAGUCCCAGCUGCCCCCCUUCGAGGCCUCUCCGCGCUGCCGGGCGAUGCAGAGGGGCCGCUGCAUAGCCAAGGGUCUGCCCAGCGUAUGGGUGUGUGUCUGUCCCGGUACCUCACGGCUGGCUGGAA